AUGGCUCCUCUGAAGAACAAGAACCCUUGGGUGGAAACACCACUGAUUGAGUCAACACCUCUCUCAAAAGCAGCAGGCUGGUUAGUCUACCCAAAAGCAUCCAUCACCCAUCAAAAAACAUCCAAAAACCUAACACCAAACAAAAACAGCAGAAUCUUCCUCAAACUAGACAACCUACAACUCUCCGGCUCGUUCAAAGCACGAGGAAUAGGUUACCUUAUGCAAAGCGCCCUCUCUGCCUCUCCAAACCCAUCUACGGUCCACUUCUUUUCUUCCUCUGGAGGGAAUGCCGGUCUAGCCGCCGUCCACAGUGCCGUAAAGCUAGAAAGACCCUGCACAGUAGUAGUCCCCUUGACCACAAAACCCAUGAUGCAGGAAAAGAUGCGAGCGGCAGGUGCAUCAAACGUCCUCCAACACGGCGCAAGCUGGCAAGAAGCAGACGACUACCUGCAAAACGUCGUCAUCAAGACCGCAAUAAAAAGAGGAGAAGAUUGCGUCUAUGUGCCCCCUUUCGAUCACCCUGACAUCUGGAAAGGACAUUCAUCUCUCAUCGACGAGAUUAGUGAUCAAUUGUCGCAGUUGACGGGCGAAGACAACACUGCACCAGAUGUAUUGGCUUGCAGCGUAGGCGGCGGAGGCCUCUUCAACGGCAUCAUGGAGGGAGUAUCCCGCCACUCCUGGCACAACACCAAGAUCCUCGCCGUGGAGACCAAAGGCGCAGACUCGUUGGCCGAAAGCGUGCGCCAGAAAUCUCACAUCACGUUACCGGCAAUAACAUCACAAGCAACCACCCUAGGUGCCAAAAAGGUAUCGGCGAGGACUUUCGAGUUGGCCAUGCAGAACAGUGAGCAAGUCAAGACUGUGGUGUUGAGUGACGAGGAAGCUAUGAUGGGUGCAUGGAGAUUAGCAGAAGAUGAGCGAUUGCUGGUCGAGCUAUCGUGCAGUGUUACAGUGUCUCUGUGCUAUGGGGAUCGGUUGGAGAAGGCUUUGCAGAGACCAGUCUCCAAAGACGACAGGGUUGUGAUUAUUGUGUGUGGAGGCAGCAAUGUCACCAUCGACAUGGUUUCGCAGUGGAAAAAGGACUCGGCAAAUGUUGAUGCAGAGCCGGACGAACUGGAGCAACCCUAG